GGAAAGGGGAACAGUUAAAUUUGUAAUUUGGGUUGUGUGAAAACUUCUUUGGGCCUCAUAAACAACCACAGAACCACAAGUUGGGUAGCCUGGCAGUGUCAGAAGUCUGAACCCAGCACAGUGGUCAGCAGGCAGGACUAAUCACACUGAAUGCAAACCACAGGGUUUCGCAGCGGGUGAGCAUCACCAACCCACAGCCAAGGCGGCGCUGGUUUUUUAAUUUUUUUUAAUCUUUAACAAUUUGAAUAUUUGUUUCCACAAGGUGCAUUUUUUAAUAGGGCUUGGGGAGUCCCAGAGGUAUCCAGCAGGGGGGAAAAAGAAAGAGAGAUGUAGAGUAGGGGGUGAGACUGAAGCAGUGAUCUUUCUUGGUUUUCCCUCCGAAGGCAAAAGAAAUCAUUGAGUCCCCCGCCUUCAGAAGAGGGUGCAUUUUCAGGAGGAAGCGAUGGCUUCAGACAGCAUAUUUGAGUCAUUUCCUUCGUACCCACAGUGCUUCAUGAGAGAAUGCAUACUUGGAAUGAAUCCUUCUAGAGACGUCCACGAUGCCAGCACGAGCCGCCGCUUCACGCCGCCUUCCACCGCGCUGAGCCCAGGCAAGAUGAGCGAAGCGCUGCCGCUGGGCGCCCCGGACGCCGGCGCUGCCCUGGCCGGCAAGCUGAGGAGCGGCGACCGCAGCAUGGUGGAGGUGCUGGCCGACCACCCGGGCGAGCUGGUGCGCACCGACAGCCCCAACUUUCUCUGCUCCGUGCUGCCUACGCACUGGCGCUGCAACAAGACCCUGCCCAUCGCUUUCAAGGUGGUGGCCCUAGGGGACGUUCCAGAUGGCACCCUGGUCACUGUGAUGGCCGGCAAUGAUGAAAACUACUCUGCUGAGCUGAGAAAUGCUACCGCAGCCAUGAAGAACCAAGUGGCAAGAUUCAAUGACCUCAGGUUUGUCGGUCGAAGUGGAAGAGGGAAAAGCUUCACUCUGACCAUCACUGUCUUCACAAACCCACCGCAAGUUGCCACUUACCACAGAGCCAUCAAAAUCACAGUGGACGGGCCCCGAGAACCGCGAAGACAUCGGCAGAAACUAGAUGAUCAGCCCAAGCCUGGGAGCUUGUCCUUUUCCGAGCGGCUCAGUGAACUGGAGCAGCUGCGGCGCACAGCCAUGAGGGUCAGCCCACACCACCCAGCCCCCACGCCCAACCCUCGUGCCUCCCUGAACCACUCCACUGCCUUUAACCCUCAGCCUCAGAGUCAGAUGCAGGACACAAGGCAGAUCCAGCCAUCCCCACCGUGGUCCUACGAUCAGUCCUACCAGUACCUGGGAUCCAUUGCCUCUCCUUCUGUGCACCCAGCAACGCCCAUCUCACCUGGACGUGCCAGCGGCAUGACAACCCUAUCUGCAGAACUUUCCAGUCGACUCUCAACAGCACCCGACCUGACUGCCUUCAGCGACCCGCGCCAGUUCCCCGCGCUGCCUUCCAUCUCCGACCCCCGCAUGCACUACCCGGGUGCCUUCACCUACUCCCCGACGCCGGUCACCUCGGGCAUUGGCAUCGGCAUGUCGGCCAUGAGUUCGGCCACACGCUACCACACCUACCUGCCGCCGCCCUACCCGGGCUCAGCGCAGGCGCAGGGCGGCCCAUUCCAGGCCAGCUCGCCCUCCUACCACCUGUACUACGGCGCUUCGGCCGGCUCCUACCAGUUCUCCAUGGUGGGCGGCGAGCGCUCGCCGCCGCGCAUCCUGCCGCCCUGCACCAACGCCUCCACCGGCUCGGCGCUGCUCAACCCCAGCCUCCCGAACCAGAGCGACGUGGUGGAGGCCGAGGGCAGCCACAGCAACUCCCCCACCAACAUGGCGCCCGCCGCGCGCCUGGAGGAGGCCGUGUGGAGGCCCUACUGA